AUGAAAUCAAAUGUUUCUCUCUCCCAUUUGAGCUGCAACACCACCGUGGGAGUCACCGGUGAUCGGACAUCCACCUCUCCUUCCCCUGACGAAAGGUUUUCCGACUCGUUUCACCGACCACCAGAUCUGAUUUCACCAUAUCCGAAGCUCCGAUUUUACUAUAUCUGGAGCAAAAGGCCACCAUAUGUGGUGGUGUGCAGCGGUGCUUGUGUUAUGGAUAGCCGCUUGUCUGGUUCUGAAGCUGUCAAUGUCUAUGGUUAA